AUGUUCCACCUCUUCUCCCACUGCUGGUCGUGGCUGCAGGCCAUACAGGAGCCCAUCAGAAAGGUGACCCUCCUUGUCGUGGGGCUGGACAAUGCAGGGAAAACCUCUGUCAUCACGGACAUAGAGAAAGCGCUGUCCGGGGAGGUGCUGCCCGACGCACAGCCCGGUCAGACCCGCCUGCAGGUGGACAGGUUCGAGGUGACGCUGGUGGAUCUGCCCGGGGGGCAGCGCUCCCGCAGUUCCUGGCGCAGCCACUACAGCGAGGCCCACGGGCUCCUCUUCGUCCUGGACUCCAGUGACCUGGAGCGGAUGGAAGAGGCCCGCAAGGUCCUGAAUCGCGUCCUGAGCCAUCCCGACAUCUCCGGGAAGCCCCUCCUACUGCUGGCCAACAAGCAAGACGCGGCGACCGCGCUGCUGCCCUGCGAGGUGAUCGAGCGGCUGUGCCUGGAGCGCCUGGUCAACGAGAACCGCUCUCCCUGCCGCAUCGAGCCCUGUGUCGCCAAGCGGGGCCAUUCCGCCGGCCCGGCCCGUGCCACCCUGCAGGGGCUGCGCUGGCUUCUCCGCGCCGCCGCCGCCCCGGCCCCGCCGCCCGCCGAACCCGCAUCGCCCGCGCCGAGGGCAGCCCGAGCCCGCCGGCCCGCCCGCAGGGACCGGCCGUCCCCAGGGGAGGAUGCUCGAGAAGGCGCGGUGAAGAACGGGGAAAACCGGCCCCUGCGCUCCGUCUGCCGCCUCCUGCCCCUGGAGGAGAGCACUAAGGGCCCCAGGAGGAGGAAGAAGAAGGGGAAAGUUAAGAAGAAGGGCUUGGCGAUGCCGAGCCCAGCUGAGGAGCCAGAAGGACCAGGAGACAGGGGUGACAGCCAUGCGGGGACCACUGGGGGGCUGCUGCUCCCCAAGAGGGUCGGGCAGGAGGAGACUGUGCCCACCAGGAUGGCCACACUCCACCCAGUGCAGGGCAUGAAAAAGAAAAAGAAGAAGAAAAUCAAGAAUAAAAUUAAGUCACAGGAAUCUUCUGUGGAGCAGCAGCACGAGGGGGUCUCAAGCACCUUUGACUUGUACCGCCGGGCGAUGCUGGCUCUGAAGAUGCGGCAGGAGCAGAGGAGGCAGCCGUCUGCCAUCGCCCCCUGAGCAGGAAAGGCACAAACUGGGGGAUGUGUGGUCCUAGAGAACCCAGCUGCAGUGGCAGUGGGAUCCCAGACUGAAGUGGUGGUGGGAUUCGUGCAGGGCUGCUGGGGUGCUUUUCCAGGGCUGGCAGUCCUGGGCAGUAGGUUCUGGGGCAUGAACAGCAUCAUUGUCCUUGGCGUGGCUUGGAAACUGGAUUUGCAGGGACGAGCCAAAAGUCCCUUUGUAAGAUGCUUCUCUGGCAGCUGGGCUGCAAACCCAUCUGAAAAGGGAACAGCCAGCCACUUGCUGACCCCUGUUAGUAUUCUGUGGAAGACUCCAUCUAAACCCAGAUUAGCCUGUAGAAGAGAGGACGAUCAGAGCAAACAUCCCAGGGGAAAAAACCUUCAUCUUGAAUUGACUGAUGUCCUAGGAAAGCUGUCUUCACAGGUCAGAGGCUGACUUCGCCUGUCAAUCAGUCCCUGCCUACUGCCUGGAACAGUCUCAUUUCCCAGUGGUGAAGACGGGAGGGCAAUCCUAGGUGGUCUGCAGAAGGCCUUCACCCAGCCCACAGCCACAUCUGGCAGUGCUGUCAGGACUCCCCUCAUAUGGUGAAGGAGGGUUAUGCCUAUGUUUGUGCAUCCAGCUGCUUGUCAGCAAAAGAUCAAG